UCCCCGCAACAAUAGAUCAAGCAAUGGUUGCUAUGCUGUCAAAGUCAGUAGUGCGGUUUCGCGAUGACAACUUCUUCUCCUCAAGGAGAAGAAAUGGACGAACCGAGUGAAAAUACUGUGCAUCUAGACUUUGAAGAUGAAAACACCGUGCCGGAUGGUGCCGAGCUGGCGCCAGAAUCAUCCGAAGAAGUCGCAAUCGAGCCUGAACCCAAACCCUUUUCCUACAUCGAAAUGCUGGAUAAGCCGAGGGAGUUGCAGGAACCGAUGGAUAUCACGGCUGACUACUUGAAAGUGAUCGCCCAGGAGUUGGGAUUGAUCAAACUGUGCUGGCCGGAGUUGAUUGACGUGACGUUCGAGGACAGAACGAAUUUUCCGGACAGCUACCUGAAGAACUCCCGCAAGGAGAAGCUGCUGCUGUUGUAUGCGGAGAACUUUCGCAGGCAGUUUUGCUGCAAAUUUCCCAAUCGGAAGCCGCUGUUUCUGGCCUGCGAUAAUGAGUGCGGAUUACAAAAAAUGGUUUGCACCACCCUUCGGCCCACUAUACUGCCUCAUGCGGAAAUGUACACUUGGUCUGACUGUUCCCGAUUCCUGGCCGAUCAUAUCAAGUACGAGCCCCUGGACGAGCCUCUUUUAAUGCCCAGACACUUCUAUUCACCACAGACGACCAUUCUGCGACAAUCCGGCCACUCCUUCGAAAUGGCCACAGCUUUGUGCUCUCUCUUACUUGGAGCUGGUUUCGAUGUCUACAUGGUGUCCGGGUAAGGCUCUUAUUAUUUUGCUCCAUUAUAAUCAAAUUGAGUGUUGUUGACUCGAACGAUGUGAAGAAUGUGAUCAAAAUCACCCGAAAUUUGGAUUUUUAUUCUCGGUAAAUAUCGGUCUAAUAAUGAGUCUCUACUCAACUGCGGUCUUUCUUUUAGAAAGCCGAAUCUUUCAAACCACCGCAGAUUUACUACACAUUGGCUAAUAUCAGUUUCAGAAUGAAACUUUUUACAGAACAGCGUUCCACCCAUAAAAAAUUGCAACUU